UGUGGGAGUUGUAGUCUUCUGGAGGAUAAUCAUGGCGGACGCGUUUGGAGACGAUCUGUUCAGCGUGUUUGAUGAAGAUCAGAGUUCUGCUAAAUCCUCAAGUUCGAAGACCGAAACUAAAUCAGGUAAAACCGCUGGAGCGCUCAGAAAGGAAAAGACCACGUCAGCAUCCACCUCGGCGGCGAGGCCGAAACGAGAAGCCGACAACGAUGGCACGGAGGACGUGGCGCCGGGUAAAAAGGCCAAACUGUCGACAGAAGAGUUCAGUCUGGCAGACCUGAUGCCGAAGGUGAAGGUGGAGCAGGUGGAGACGAUCGAGGGCUGCACUCACGAGGUGGCGCUGCCCGCAGAUCAGGAAUACACGCAGCUGAAGCCCAGGGUCGGGAAAGCGGCCAAGGAAUACCCGUUUAUCCUGGACCCGUUCCAGCGCGAGGCCCUCCUGUGCAUCGACAACAACCAGUCUGUCCUGGUCUCUGCUCACACCUCAGCCGGGAAAACCGUGUGUGCCGAGUAUGCCAUAGCUCUGGCCCUGAGGGAGAAGCAGCGGGUGAUCUUCACCAGCCCCAUUAAAGCUCUGAGCAACCAGAAGUACAGGGAGAUGUACGAGGAGUUCCAGGAUGUGGGAUUAAUGACCGGAGACGUCACCAUCAACCCCACCGCCUCAUGCCUGGUCAUGACCACAGAGAUUUUGAGGAGCAUGCUGUACCGGGGCUCAGAGGUCAUGCGUGAGGUGGCCUGGGUUAUCUUUGAUGAGAUUCAUUACAUGAGAGACUCAGAGCGCGGCGUGGUGUGGGAGGAGACGAUCAUCCUGCUGCCGGAUAACGUCCACUACGUCUUCCUGUCGGCCACCAUCCCCAACGCGCGCCAGUUCGCCGAGUGGAUCUGCCAUCUUCACACGCAGCCCUGUCACGUGGUGUACACCGACUACAGACCCACUCCACUGCAGCACUACGUGUUUCCAGCAGGAGGAGACGGACUUCACCUGGUCGUGGAUGAGAACGGUGAGUUCAGGGAGGAUAACUUCAGCACAGCCAUGCAGGUGCUCAAAGAUGCCGGAGACUCCGGGGCGAGCGGCGGAGGGGGCAAAUGGGACCCUAAAGGCAGGAGAGGAGGAACCAAGGGUCCUUCCACCGUGUUUAAGAUUGUGAAGAUGAUCAUGGAGAGAAACUUCCAGCCCGUCAUCAUCUUCAGUUUCAGCAAGAAGGAAUGUGAGGCGUACGCUCUGCAGGUGUCCAAACUCGACUUCAACACGGACGAUGAGAAGAAACUGGUGGAGGAGGUUUUCAGCAACGCCAUCGACUGCCUGUCGGACGAGGACAAGAAGCUGCCACAGGUCGAACACGUCUUACCUCUGCUGAAGAGAGGAAUCGGGAUCCAUCACGGCGGCCUGCUGCCCAUCCUAAAGGAGACCAUCGAGAUUCUUUUCUCUGAGGGUCUGCUGAAGGCCCUGUUCGCUACAGAGACGUUCGCCAUGGGGAUCAACAUGCCCGCUCGAACCGUCCUCUUCACCAGCGCUCGCAAGUUCGAUGGCAAGGACUUUCGCUGGAUCACCUCUGGCGAGUACAUCCAGAUGUCUGGCCGAGCCGGUAGGAGAGGGAUGGAUGAACGAGGGAUCGUUAUCUUCAUGGUGGAUGAGAAGAUGAGCCCGGCUGUGGGGAAGCAGCUCCUGAAGGGAUCGGCGGACCCGUUGAACAGCGCGUUUCACCUGACCUACAACAUGGUUCUGAACCUGCUGCGCGUGGAGGAGAUCAACCCGGAGUACAUGCUGGAGAAAUCCUUCUACCAGUUUCAGCACUACAGAGCCGUGCCGGGAGUCGUGGAGAAGCUGAAGAAGUUAGAGGGGAUGUAUAACGCCAUCGAGAUCCCUAACGAGGAGAAUGUGGUCACCUACUACAAAAUCCGCCAGCAGCUAGCCAAACUGGCCAAGGAGAUCGAGGAAUAUGUGCAGAAGCCUAAAUACUGCCUGCCUUUCCUACAGCCGGGACGCUUAGUCAAGGUGAAAAAGGACGAUCUGGAUUUCGGCUGGGGUGUCGUCGUUAACUUCUCCAAAAAGUCCAAUGUCAAGGCUGGUACUGGUGAGCUGGAUCCUCUGUAUGUAGUUGAAGUUUUGCUGCACUGCAGCAAGGAAAGCGUAAAAAAUGCAGCGACCGAAGCGGCCAGGCCGGCAGCACCAGGAGAGAAAGGAGAGAUGCAGGUGGUACCGGUCAUGAUGAACCUGCUGACCUCCAUCAGCUCGGUUCGUCUCUACAUUCCUAAAGACCUGCGACCCUUCGACAACCGACAGAGCAUGCUCAAAUCCAUCCAGGAGGUGCAGAAGCGUUUUCCUGAUGGCCUACCCCUGCUGGACCCUAUAGAUGAUAUGGGGAUAAAGGACUCGGGGUUGAAGAGGGUCAUCCAGAAGGUGGAGGCGUUUGAACACAGGAUGUAUACACACCCGCUCCACACCGACCCCAGCCUCGAAUCGGUCUACACGCUCUGCGAGAAGAAAGCACUGAUUGCCGGCGAUAUCAAGGCAGCGAAGCGAGAUCUGAAGAAAGCUCGAACCGUGCUGCAGAUGGACGAGCUGAAGUGUCGGAAGCGCGUGCUGCGGCGCCUCGGCUUCGCCACUUCCUCUGACGUCAUCGAGAUGAAGGGUCGUGUCGCCUGUGAGAUCAGCAGCGCUGACGAGCUGCUUCUGACCGAGAUGGUCUUCAACGGCCUCUUUAACGACCUGACGGCGGAACAAGCCACGGCCCUGCUCAGCUGCUUCGUCUUCCAGGAAAAUGCGAAUGAGAUGCCCAAACUCACAGAGCAGUUAGCAGCACCUCUCCGUCAGAUGCAGGAGUGCGCCAAGCGCAUCGCCAAAGUCUCGGCCGAGGCGAAGCUGGAGGUGGACGAGGACUUGUACCUGAACCAGUUCCGUCCUCACCUCAUGGACGUGGUGUACACCUGGGCCAACGGAGCGUCCUUCUCUCAGAUCUGCAAGAUGACCGACGUCUUUGAAGGCAGUAUAAUCCGCUGUAUGAGGCGUUUGGAGGAGCUCCUGAGGCAGAUGUGUCAGGCCGCCAAGGCCAUCGGAAACACCGAGCUGGAGAAUAAAUUUGCUCUCGGUAUAACAAAGAUUAAGAGGGACAUCGUGUUUGCAGCCAGUCUGUACCUGUAACGCUCACUCGGUUUUGUUUUGUUUUCGUCCCCGUUCAUCAUGACACUGAAGCAGGACGUGAGAGAACAUGAUUUAUUAACGUUCACGACAAUAAUGGCUUCAUUUCUUUUGUCUUCAUUAAGCACGGAUUCUUUCUGUUUGUACAUACUGUUUUAACUUUUAAUUAAAAAUAUGUAUAGUGACGUUUA